AUGGAUUCGGGGUUCCCUGCUGACAUGAACCCGGACGGGCCGGCCAUGGUUCCCCCGCCGGGCGAGGUGUCCAACUUUGACAGUCCGGACGGGAAUCAUACCUUGGGGUUCGCCAUCAUCAUCACGGGGAGCGUCAUUGCCACGCUCUCGGUCGUGGUCCGCCUCAUCUCGAGAGCACUGACGAAGAGGUGGUUUGGGCUGGCCGAUGCCUUUCUGGUCUGCGCUCUGGGUCUAUAUGGCGGCUUCCAGUAUGUCAUCUGGCAUGCCUCGGCCUACCCAGGGAUCGGGUAUCACCAGUGGAAUUUUCCGUUGCACGACAUGAACUAUGUGCUAUAUAACGUCCACCUGGGCGCCCUGCUCUACGGUCCCGCGAUGAUGUGCCUCAAGCUGUCCAUCCUGAUCGACUGGCUGCACAUAUUCGCCUCGCCGUCGCGCAACUUUAUGUUCUGGUCCAUCCACGCGCUCAUCUGGAGCAACGUCAUCUUCUACACGGUCGGCGAGUUCGCCGAGAUCUUCCAGUGCAUCCCCUCGCAGAAGAUAUGGGACAUUUUCUACGAGGGCGGCUACUGCAAAGUCGACAUUGCCGCUCACAAUGCCUCGGCCGCCAUCGUCAACCUCAUCUCGGACCUGGCUAUUCUAGCCCUGCCCAACUGGGCCAUCUGGCGCAUGAACGUGUCGUUUCACAGGAAGCUGGGCGUGUCGCUGCUGUUCACCGUGGGGCUUUUAUGCUGCAUCAUGGGCGCGCUGCGCUUAAUCUCGCUCGUACCCCUGAUCGACUCGCCCGACCUGACGUACUGGAUGCCCAUCCUGGGCCUCUACUCGAGCGCCGAGAUUGGCAUCGGCUUCAUGAUCAUGGGCCUCCCGGCCAUGCCCAAAGUGGUCAAGAGUCUGCCCUUCUCCGAAUCCGUCGUCAGCCUGAUCCGGUCCUUUGGCGAGUCGGGCGCCCGCUGGUCCAAGAAGGCCAACGACGCGAUCCGCGCCCCGACGCUGCCCCGCCCUUUGACCCGCAAGCGCCGCGGCAUGUGGACCAUCACCGAGCUCCAGGAGACGGAGCUUGGUAAGACGCAGGGUGUUACCAGUACCACCAUGCUGUCCUCGAUUCGCGGGGAUUAUGAUGUGCUUGAUGCCGGCUCGGAUCGGGCGUCGCAAGCGCCGCUUCCGUCUAUUGCGGAACAUGGGCGGGGGAAGGAUGCGGAUAAUAUGGUGUAG